UUAAGGGAUGCUUUGUGCUGUAAAGAUGAAUACUGUUUUGAAGAAAUCUUUGGAUGCCUUUCCAUGUAAAAGUUUCCUCAAGAACGGUGCAGCUUUCUUGCAUACAAGCCAGAAAACUAACGCAGCUAAAUGGUACCCAGACGAAGAAUGGAUGUCACAAUUCGAUGGCCCAGUAAUGUACCCCGACGAAAUUACCAAACACUGGGCCAUGCAGCCAUGGAAUGCCAAGAAAGCUCCAAUUGAAAAGGCUGUGAAAAACAUGACUCUAAAUUUUGGGCCCCAACAUCCUGCUGCCCAUGGGGUACUCAGAUUGGUGUUGGAGCUAGAUGGAGAGGUGGUGAAAAGGUCUGACCCCCAUAUUGGACUGUUACAUCGUGGUACAGAAAAGUUGAUUGAAUACAAAACCUAUAUGCAAGCAUUGCCUUACUUUGACAGAUUGGAUUAUGUGUCUAUGAUGUGCAAUGAGCAGUGUUUUAGUUUGGCAAUUGAGAAGUUGUUGAACAUUGAUAUACCAUUGAGAGCAAAAUACAUUAGAGUUUUGUUUGCUGAACUAACAAGGAUAUUGAACCACAUAAUGGGUAUUGGUACACAUGCUCUGGAUGUUGGUGCUCUGACUCCAUUUUUCUGGCUUUUUGAGGAACGUGAAAAAAUGAUGGAGUUCUAUGAAAGAGUGUCAGGAGCCCGUAUGCAUGCUGCCUAUAUCAGACCUGGUGGAGUCUCACUGGAUUUACCUCUUGGUUUGAUGGAUGAUAUUUAUGAGUUUGCUUCAAAGUUCAAUGAACGAAUUGAUGAAGUAGAAGAUGUUCUUACAAACAACAGAAUUUGGGUGCAAAGAACUGAGGAUAUUGGGGUCAUAUCUGCUGAGGAUGCUCUCAACUAUGGCUUCAGUGGGGUGAUGUUGAGAGGUUCUGGCAUCAAGUGGGACUUGCGUAAAGCUCAGCCUUAUGAUGCCUACCAUUUGGUGGAAUUUGAUGUACCUGUGGGUACAAAAGGGGACUGCUAUGACAGGUAUUUGUGCCGUUUGGAGGAGAUGAGGCAGUCCUUGAGGAUAAUACAUCAGUGCUUGAAUCAAAUGCCAGCUGGAGAAAUCAAAACUGAUGACGCCAAAUUGACUCCUCCCAGCAGGGCAGAAAUGAAGACGUCCAUGGAGGCGCUCAUCCACCACUUCAAGCUGUUCACGCAGGGCUUCCAGGUGCCGCCUGGGGCCACCUACACGGCCAUCGAGGCCCCCAAAGGGGAGUUUGGCGUGUAUUUGGUGUCCGACGGCAGCUCGAAGCCCUACCGGUGCAAAAUCAAGGCGCCGGGUUUCGCGCAUCUGGCGGCCCUGGACAAGCUCGGCAAGAACCACCUGUUGGCCGACAUUGUUGCCAUUAUCGGGACCCUGGACGUGGUGUUCGGGGAGAUCGAUAGAUAGUUUGAUUUUUUUAGGUUUUAGGUCUAAAGUGAACUAUUUGAUGUAAUUUAUUUGAUUGUUUAAUGAAAUAUUAUAGAACUCAAAUAAAAUGAAGUGGAAACAUGUUAUCUUUA